CAAAUUUUCUAUGCCAUUUUCCUUGCCUUCCAAUCAAAUUUUCGCCAGAAAAUAGGGGCAGCGUGGCGCUUUGCAAUCCCUGUCCCAGAAAAUGGGGACGGGUCACCCGCUUCAGUUCCCCAGCUCCGGCACCCCACUGGCGGCGGCGGCGGCUCCUCUUCUGAUGAUAAACCACUUCAAUCCUCUCUAUAACAAGGCUAUUACUACUACGAGUCCUGGACGCCCAAACAGCACUCGGUGUCGCUUUGCCGGCUACGACGGCCACGGCGGAGCCGAACGCUUCAGAUUCAAUCUUGACCGGGAGGAGUUCGUUGCCGGCGACGGAGACGAUGAGUUCAGUUUUGGAGGCGGUGCGAAGAAGAGAGUCUGGUGGUCGGAUGAUACAGUGGAGAUGGACAACGAGGAGGACGAAGUAGGGUUUGGGGUUCUGGAAGAUUAUAUUGACCCGUCUUGGAUUUUCAAGGUUGUGAACGCCUUCGGUUGGAUGGUUCCUGCCAUUGCCAUAUCAAUGCUGCUGGGCACAGGAUCGAAUGCCUUUUUCAUGGCGUUGGUGCUUCCAAUAGCUCAGUCAGCUGUUUCUCUGGCAACCGAAGCAUUCUGGGGCAGGUCGAGAGGCAGACCUAAGCCCAAGCGCAGGACCAAGGCAAAACCCUUUGCUAGAACUGCGAGUGAUGUUGGCAUGAACAAGGAGAAGGAAGACAUAGGAUCUAGCAAGGCCAGGGAGAACUACCAGUCAUGGAGAGCAGGAAAUGAUUCUUCUAGCAAAACCCGAGAUCAGAGGAGACCACCCUCCAGCUUCGGUGGAUGGGACGCACUAGACGAGGGAGCUGGGUCUUAUAACGGGUCACCGGCUCAAAAGGCAAAGGAAACAAGACAACAGAAGAGAAGUAAACUGAGCAGGAGAGUGAGAAAUAGAGAGAGACCAUUGUUGCUGAGAUUGCUGGUUGCUGUUUUCCCCUUCUUGGGUUCAUGGACCAGGCUAUUGUAACAUAACGCUGUACCUUCUUAAUGCCCAAAAACAAAGUAUAAGAAAGAAAUUUGGCUCCAAAUUAA